AUGGAAAAAUUGCUGAGAUCAAAAGAGUACUGGAGCGUGGUGGAGCAAGGCUAUGAAAAGCCUAAAACACUGGAGUCACUCACAGGAGUAGAAUGUCGAACCUUGGAGGGGCAAAAGCUAAAGGACUUGAGGGCCAAGAAUUAUCUGUUUCAAUCUAUUGAUAAGAAUAUUUUGAAAAUGAUCACCAACAAAGCCACCUCCAAAGCACUCUGGGAUUUGAUGAAGCAUAAAUAUCAGGGGAAUGCUCGAGUUCAACAAGCUCAACUCCAAAGGCUACGCAGAGAGUUUGAACUUCUAGAAAUGCAAAAUGGUGAGUGCGUGAAUGAUUAUAUCUCUAGAGUCAUGAUACUUGCAAAUGACAUGAGAGGAGCAGGAAAGACCAUGGAUGAUGGACAUAUUGUUGAGAAGAUUCUGUGCACACUGUCUGACAAAUACAAUUAUAUUAUAUGCUCAAUCAAAGAAUCCAAAGAUAUCAAUGAGAUGACAGUAUAUGAGCUGCACAGUUCAUUGCUUAUACAUGAACACAAGAUAAAACGGAAGGAAGUGAUUGAACAAGCAUUGAAGGUUACAAGAGACAGCUCUGCUCUACAUGCUGAUGAACAAUUCGGUAACAGAAGCAGAGGGCGUGGAGAACACACAGAGCUUGAUGAAGGAGAAGAGAUGUUGCUUAUGUCAUAUGUGGAAAUGCAAGGAGCCACACGAGAUGAAAUAUGGUUUCUGGACUUUGGAUGUAGUAAUCACAUGAGUGGAGAUAGGAAAUGGUUCACUGAGCUUGAUCAUUCUAUCAGACAUAGUGUUAAGCUGGGAAAUGACUCCAAAUUGAAUGUCAUGGGAAAAUGCAGCAUUUGA